AUGUCACCUGCAAAGCCCAAUCUUGAACUGCAAAUCGAGGUGGCCCAGACGGCCGACCAAGUCUUGCUCGCAUUCGAGCCUAUGCGCCAGGCCUUUGGCUUCCAAACCCGCGACGCCGUCUUCACCGGCACGAACCCCGACUGGGACACGCCCGCCGGCGCGCAACAAGCAGCCGAGCGCUUCGCCACCCGCUUCACCCGCGCCACCACCAAUGCCGCCGGGAAGCCCAACUCGCUCUUCCUCGUGGCGACCGUCGCCGACCCCGCGACGCGCCGCCGCGUCGUCGCCGGCAUGGCGCUCUGGGAGCAGGCGUCCGUCGUGCCGGGCCACGGCGACGCGCCGACCGCGGACGAGGGCGAGGACCUCGGUGUCACGGCGCUCUUUCCCGGGGAUGCUCCCCGGCAGGCGUACUGGACGGCCGUCAUGGGCGCCAUGCACAGGCGCCGCUGGGAGGUGGUCGGGUCCAAGGCGGCAGCGUGCCCGCCGGCGCUCCUGGCACUCGAUCUCUGCGCCGUGGACCCCAGGUUCCAAGGGCGCGGCAUCGGCAGCAGGCUCGUCGAAUGGGGCCUGCGCGAGGCCGAGGCCCGCGGCGGACUGGAAGCGGUCACGGAAGCGUCCGUCAUGGGCCGGCCCGUGUACUUGAAGCUCGGCUUUGAGCAGGACGGGCCGGAGAUGGACUUUGCUGGGGUGGGAGAAGUGGGAAAAACUCCGCUCCCCUCACUGGUGUUCCUGCGCACGAGAAAACCCUAA